AUGGCUCGAAAGAUUCUGAGGCUGAGAAAUCGUAUCUCAAGAAGAUGUCGGUCAGGUUUUAGGGAACGGCUAACAGUAAAGGGGGGCCUCUCUCCACAGAGGGGGGCAACCCCAGGGCAGAUCCCAGCCUUGGGGGUGACCGGGUCCCCCUGGCCUCACAGGUCGGUGACACGGAGUUAUUACCGAGGGGCAGCUGGAGCCCUGUUGGUUUACGACAUCACCAGCCGGGAGACAUACAACUCGCUAGCUGCUUGGCUGACUGAUGCCCGGACGCUAGCCAGCCCCAACAUCGUGGUCAUCCUCUGUGGCAACAAGAAGGACCUGGAUCCUGAGCGUGAGGUCACUUUCCUAGAGGCUUCCCGCUUUGCUCAGGAGAAUGAGCUGAUGUUCCUGGAGACCAGCGCUCUCACGGGUGAGAAUGUGGAAGAAGCAUUCCUGAAGUGCGCGCGCACCAUCCUCAACAAGAUCGACUCAGGUGAACUAGACCCGGAGAGGAUGGGCUCAGGCAUUCAGUAUGGUGACAUAUCUCUUCGCCAGCUGCGGCAGCCUCGCAGCGCCCAGGCCGUGGCCCCUCAGCCCUGUGGCUGCUGAGACGCGCAGAGCCAGCUCACCUGUUCUUCUGGAUCAGCCCUGCCCGAAGGCUGGGGCUCAGAACCAGGCCCCAAAAGGCCAGGCUCCAGUUUGCCCCAGUCUCAGAAAAGUUACUCCAUCCCUCACCCCCCUUCCCUGGCCUGGUGGGGCCUGGCUUUGGGGCAAGAUUGAGCCACAGGGGAAAGGGGACCCCCAUACCUGCUGCUGCUUCCUCUGUCUUGGCUAACUGUAGUCCCCCUGAGCCCCUAACCAUACCUGAAGAACUCCCGAAGCUUGAGACCAGGGCCAUGUGGCCCCAACUUCCUGCCUGGCCCCGCUGUUGCAAGUCUGUGUUAUUUAUUACCUGGAGGCCUGCUCCAUCCUGUCCCGGGCCUCCAUAAAGCGUUGUUUACACCUGUG